GUCUACAGACUACAGCCUAAACAACACAUCUUUUGCUUCUUCUCUCUGCAAUAAUCUACCCAAAGAUCGAAAGCAAAGGCGAAAUACAAAUAAAAAGGAAAGAGGGCAAGAGAGAUCAGAGGCAGAUAGAAGAAAAAGUAUUUCCUUUUCUUUGAUUUCGAUUUCUUUUUGUUUAAGGAAAGACAGGAGAUAUGUUGGAGAAGAUCGGUUUGCCCGCAAAGCCAUCGUUGAGAGGAAAUAAUUGGGUGGAUGAUGCUUCACAUUGCCAAGGAUGUUCUUCUCAGUUCACCUUCAUCAAUCGCAAGCAUCACUGCCGAAGGUGUGGGGGCCUGUUUUGCAAUAGUUGCACACAGCAAAGAAUGGUCUUGCGUGGACAGGGUGAUUCUCCUGUGCGUAUUUGUGAACCUUGUAAAAAGCUAGAAGAGGCUGCGCGUUUUGAGUUGCGACAUGGAUACAAAAGUAGAGCUGGUAGAGGUAGUUUGAAACCGGCUGCAAAAGAUGAGGAUGACAUUUUGAACCAGAUUCUAGGUGCUGACAGAAAGGAAUCCUCUACGUCAGGAGUAGCUUCCAACAAGGACAUGAACCCUAGUGUUCGAAGGGCAGCUAGCAGUUCUUCAUAUUCAAAUGUUCAAGUGGCUCUCAGUCAUGAUGGGGAAGGAGAAAUAUGUCGAAGUCAGUCUGUUGAUCGGCCUAUGCAGAACGAUAUGGCAUCGUCCAGUCCCGAGGAAUUGCGCCAGCAAGCAUUGGAUGAAAAAAGGAAGUAUAAAAUUCUAAAAGGAGAAGGGAAAUCUGAGGAAGCUCUAAGAGCCUUUAAGAGAGGGAAGGAGCUUGAGAGGCAGGCUGAGUCUUUGGAGAUAUAUAUAAGAAAAAACCGUAAAAAAGGUUUGCCAUCUGGCAACAUGUCCGAGAUCCAGAAUAAAGAUGCCCCUAAAGAAUCUGGCAGAAAAAAUAAGGUCCCUCAUCAAGUGGGUAGGGAUAAGGAUGACCUGGCUGCUGAACUCAGGGAAUUGGGGUGGUCUGAUAUGGAUCUACAUGACAAUGAUAAAAAAUCCGCAAAUAUGAGUUUGGAGGGUGAGCUCUCUUCUCUUCUUGGAGAAAUUCCUAAGAAGACUAAUGCUCAUGGCACUGAUAAAACCCAGGUUGUUGCCAUUAAGAAAAAGGCUCUUAUGUUGAAACGUGAAGGGAAGCUUGCAGAAGCAAAGGAAGAACUUAAGAGAGCUAAAGUCUUAGAGAAGCAACUCGAAGAACAAGAAGUCUUGGCUGGAGCUGAAGAUUCUGAUGAUGAGCUAUCUGCAAUAAUCCGUAGUAUGGACGAUGAUAAACAAGAUGAAAUGUUAAUUCAGUAUGAGGAUACUCACGACUUGGACUUUGAUCACCUUGUGGGAACUGCUGAUGAUCUUGGUAUUGAUAGUAAUUUUGAAGUAACUGAUAAGGAUAUGGAGGAUCCAGAAAUAGCUGCUUCUCUGAAAUCACUAGGUUGGACCGAGGAUUCUAACCCCACAGAAGGUCUUGUGGCUCAGACUGCUCCUGUUAAUAGGGAGGCACUAGCUAGUAAAAUUCUUUCAUUAAAAAGAGAAGCUCUUAGUCAAAAGCGGGCAGGUAAUGUUGCGGAGGCAAUGGCUCAGUUGAAGAAGGCAAAGCUACUUGAGAAGGACCUUGAAAGCUUCGAUUGUCAAGCGGAGAACUUGACAGUGAAAACAAAUGACCCAACUCCUCACACUUCUGACAUAUCAGUGAAGUUGGUUAAGUUGGGUGAUGAAAAUAUUAAUGUUAUUAAAGAUGUGGAUGUGAAACCUGCACCAAAGAGUAGAUUGAUGAUUCAGAAAGAGCUUCUGGGGUUGAAGAAGAAAGCCCUUGCUUUGAGAAGGGAAGGAAGAUUGGAUGAAGCAGAGGAAGAAUUGAAGAAAGGCAAGAUUCUUGAGUGCCAGCUUGAAGAAAUGGAGAAUACUUCAAACAUGAAGGCUGCACAGGUACCUAUUGGCGGUAAGGGUAAGGGUUUGACAAUUGAGCAUCCUUAUGUACCAGAAAAUCUGCCGGUUGAAGGAGGAGAUGUUACAGAUCAAGACAUGCAUGACCCGACAUACCUUUCAAUCCUAAGGAACUUAGGUUGGAAUGACGAUGAUGAGCAUUCAAACUCUUUGCUGAAACAUUCUAAGCAAAAAGAUUCUGAGAAAAUUAUUGAAUCUUCUUUGACUUCUGCCCCUCCUAAAAUCCCAGCUAAGGCGUCAAGAAGAACUAAAGCUGAAAUACAGAGGGAGUUACUAGGCUUGAAAAGGAAAGCUCUUUCUCUGAGGCGCCAAGGAAAUAUUGAUGAGGCAGAGGAAGUGCUGGAAACAGCAAAAACAUUGGAGGCUGAGAUAGCAGAGAUGGAGGCACCAAAGAAAGUGGUGGAAUCGAACUGGCCAAACGAAAAAGCCAUUUUACCUCCCCUUAAUGGUGCUGCACAAGAAGCAGAUGAUGAGAAUGUUACAGAGGAGGAUAUGAAUGAUCCAGCUCUGCUCUCAGUGCUAAAGAAUUUGGGUUGGAAGGAUGAAGAGCUUGAACAUGUAACAAUGCAAGAAAAGUACUCAAAAAGUGGACGUGCGUCUUUACAUUCUGGCCAUCCAUCUCUCACUCAACCCUCUUCAGGCAUUUCAGUUUCACUGCCAAGAAGUCAAGGGGAAAUCCAAAGAGAACUUCUGGGUUUGAAAAGAAAGGCUCUUGCCCUUAGACGAAAUGGGCAAGCUGAAGAGGCUGAGGAGUUGUUGCAAAGGGCAAAGGUACUGGAAGCCGAAAUGGCAGGAUUGGAAGUUCCAAAAGGUGAGAUUGUGCUUGAUUCAUCCAAGGACAGCACAUCUGGGAACUUUGAAUCAUUUACUAAUCAGGGAAGGCAAGGGAAUUUAAAAAAUGAAAUGACAAUAAAGGAAGGGCCAGUUGCAGUGGCGGUGGGUCCAAGUGAAACAGUCGUAGGAUCAUCAAUGGGUUUAGGAAGAAUGGAGAGCGAUACAGGUAAUCCUACCUUGAGGAAUUCCGAGCUGUUAUUUCCUGCAGCCACCAGGCCACUAGAAGACAAGAAAUCCUCAUUUGAAAAAUCAGAUCCCUCAGGUGCAAUGGGACUUCUAGGUGGUAAGGGAAAAGUUGAAACUGCUAGUUUUGUCCCUCCACCAGACCAGUCUGCAAAAAUAGUGGAUUUGUUGACUGGCGAUGACCUAAUUAGUUCUCAGAUACCAGCCGAGAAAUUGAAAGAGAAAAGCGAGUUUGGUUCCAACUUCUCUUCUCUUGCUAGACCGAAUGUUCAGUUGGCUUCCCAAGAAGAUCUUAGAACCAAGGAUGAAGAUACCACUGGAAAAAGCAGAACGGUUAAUGGAGAGCUGAAGUCACAUGCGUUUGAUGUGAGUCCAGUUCAGGGAUUUAUUUCUCAUAACAGCCAAGAUUCACUUAAGCAAGCAGUUUGGUCUCACAAGAAGAAGGCACUUGCUUUGAAGAGAGAUGGAAAAUUGGCAGAAGCUUGGGAAGAGCUUCGGCAGGCAAAGCUGUUGGAGAAGAGUCUGGCAGAAGAUAGCGCUCCACCAAAAGGUGGUGCAAGUGGUGCAUCAACAUCUUCAUCCACUGUUCCCUCUGAUGCACAAAAGGAGCAGGGUGCAUCAAGUUUAGCUCCAAAACCACUGUCGGGGCGUGAUCGCUUUAAGUUGCAGCAGGAAUCCCUCAGUCAUAAGCGCCAGGCUUUGAAGCUGCGAAGAGAAGGUCGGAUGCAAGAAGCAGAAGCUGAGUUUGAAUUGGCCAAGUCUCUUGAAGCCCAGUUGGAAGAGUUGGCUGGUCAUGAUUCAACUAAGACUUCUACCAUGGGGACAGAACCAGUAGAUGUAGUUGUUGAAGAUCUUCUCGAUCCUCAACUUUUGUCUGCCCUGAAAGCAAUUGGUUUGGAUGAUUUCAGCGUUGUCGCUCGAGGCCCAGAAAGACCAGAUCCCGUAAAACCCAAUGGUUCCAAAAGUGAAAAUGUUGACCAAGAGAGAAUCCAAUUGGAAGAGCGGAUCAAGGCAGAAAAGGUGAAGGCAGUAAACUUGAAAAGGUCGGGCAAACAAGCUGAGGCUUUGGAUGCUCUUCGGAGGGCCAAAAUGCUAGAGAAAAGGCUCAAUUCCUUGUCUUCAUAAUAAUAAAUUACAUAAUAUCCCAUUUUAAGCUUGGAAAAUCUUCAGUGGCUGGAUUGAGGUACAUAAUAUUUGAGGGCACCAUGUAAAAUAACUUAAAGCAAAAUAGUUGGAGGAUUCAUUUCAUCUCAAGCAUGUAUGCUCAGUUCUCCGUCACAUAUUCUUAGACGGAAAAUGUAUCUUCAUUUAUAUGUUUCAUACCAUUUUGUUACAAAAAUAACCAAUAUGUUGAUUUAUAAAUGGUUCUGUUCAUUUGUC